UUUACAGAAAGUGAGAAAAACCAUAUUUGACGUCAUUUUCUCUCUCUUCUUUCUCUCUCUAGAGCGCACACUUCUUCCUCUCUGGUAUCUCGCCGGAUACCGGUGGCCGGUGAAAUAGGAUUACUGUUACUGAUAGAUCCAUUUUUUGUUCUGCAAAUUAAUUGAAGUUAAUGGAGGUUAUUCCUAUCUAAUUCAGAUCACAGAUGCUACCGUGAUUUGAGGCAACAGACGUUGGUAUCUUAUAGCGGUACUUGUAAGGGGUGCAGCAAAGAUGGGUUCGGCUUGCUGUGUUGCUGCUAGAGACAGAACUAUAACAAACGGAUCCAGCCGUAAUGGUAUGCCGAGAACUAUCAGAUAUUCUCCAUCAUGGAGUGUUAGGCGGCGUGUAGCAGGGGAAGAAGCUUCUAUACAUUGGUUUUCCGAUGAUCUUGGAACAAAUGACAGGUUGGACAAUAAAUCUCACACAACUGCUGGAACUGCUUAUGCAUCAGAAGACGGUAGUCCGUUGGAAAGUUUCCGAAAUCGGACUUGGCAUAAGUCAUCGCCUUCUGAAGGAUAUAUCAUUCCACAGUCAGACCAAUCGGUCUCUCAAAUAACUUCAGAGGUGAAGGGGUCAAGUGAAACUCCACCUGCUUCAGAACCGUCUCCAAUGAUGAUGUCAUCAUCUACACGCUCAGUUUCCUCAUCUUCAUCUCAACCUCAUUUCUUACAAAGAUGGCAUAACCGUUCUCCAGGACACCAUUUACUGCGCCAGGUGUCAGAUAGCAGAAUACCAUCAAUGAAGUCACCAAGUCUGUCGAUUUCCGAAGAGGGUGGUGGUUCUCCGUUUAUGCUCUCUGUGUGGAGCAACGAGUCAAACCGUGGGUCCCAUGUUGGAUCGUCAGAUGGUUGCUCUUUACCCGCGUUUAACAGCCACAGAGAAAGAUGGUCGUUUGAUAGUGAGUCUCUUAACUUUAACCGUGACAAAAUAAGUAGCCGAACUAGUGGCAUUGAUAUGCAGACAUGUGGCAUUUGCUCCAUGCUUUUAACCGAAAAAUCAUCAUGGGGGACCCACAAAGUUAUACCCACUAAUGAGCUUGCAGUUGUAGCCAUUUUGAUAUGUGGUCAUGUUUAUCAUUCAGAGUGUUUAGAACAUAUGACAUCCGAAAUUAACAAGUAUGAUCCGGCAUGUCCUGUUUGUACUUUUGGCGAGAAAAAGGUUAUUAAGUUGUCUGAAAAAGCACUGAAAGCUGAUUUUAGGAUCAACAAGAAAUCGAGACGUCGCGUGGUGGAUGGUGAUGAUAUUAUGUUUGGUCAUCAUAAGAUAGGCCCAAUAGGCCCUAAGAUGAGCUCAAGUUCCAGUAUGAAGUCUUCUUUAAAGAGACACCUGUCUUUCGGUUCCAAGGGGAGCCGGUCAUUGUCAGACAACAAUUUUCCAAGAAAAAAAGGGUUUUUUUGGGCAAAAUCGAGCAAGCAGUGACCUUAUUUCUCUAUAAAGGCAGACUGGACGAUUGGUAUCUCGAUGUACUAGAUGAAGAGUGAUAUCGUUUUGGGGGUGGUUUCAUCUUCAAAACAUCGGGCACCCGUAGGUAGGAUUAGCUCCCUAAAAAUACUGUAAAGCAGGUUUUGCAAAACACAAUCAAUCAUAAUCUUGAUCUUUUUAAGUUUGUGUUGUGUAGAUUUAUAUUUCUUUCAUCUUUUA